AUGACGACCAAAGCUGAACACCACAACGAAGGGCCUCAAUGGCCCGCGGCCUGCAUCGACGUCUUACAAGCGAUGAGAUUGGCUGCAAUACAAUCAGCCCCGAAGCUGCUCAGCUCGUGGCUGUACGUCCCCUUUGGCAUCAUGACGAUGCUCGCCGUGUGCUUUGGCGUCACCGUCCUUUUCGACACGGCGGGCGUCUCGUUUCCAGCGUCGGUGGCCUGCCUGAUCAUCCUAUUUUUCGGACUUCUGCUCUCCGAGCUAGUGCUGGGAAGCCACAGGACCAAGGCCAUCGUCGCCGUUAUCGAAGUGCCGGCGGGAUGGUCCCUCCGUUGGAUCAACAUCAUGUUCACGCCGGCCUUUAUCAUGCUGCCCCUGAGUCCGCCCGUCGGAAUCAUUGAAGUCAUGAAGAUGAUCGCCGUCUUCGUCAUCGGCUUCGUCGCCAUGAUGGCUCUGGCCGCGUACCUCACCCGUGGCCUCCAGCUCCUCCUCGGCUCGUCGAAGCGUGCCAUCACCGAGCGCGCAGAGGAGAUGGGCAACGAGACCGACGACAUUCCCCUCGCCGACACCCCUCCGCGGACCGAUUCGGUCCCGGGAUCGCGCACCAUCUCCGCCGCCCCGUCGUCGUUGUCUCUCAACACCCUCGCGCCACCCCCGCUGUCGCUCAACGCGUCCCACAACUUCCUGCCCGAAGCAAGCUCGCCCAUCAGGCCGUCGGGUGUGGAAAGCGACGGAGCCGAGAGUCCUCAGAACCAUCAGCUCCCGCCGCAAGUCCCUGUACCGAUGCCCCGAGCUCAGCUCUUGGCGGCAUGGAUUUGCGGGCACUUGAACUGGGUCAUCUACGCCUCCGUGUUCACCUUCGCUGGUUUGCCUCUCUACUACACUACAGGGUACGCCAUGCCUCUCCACCUGAGUCUCAUUCUGCUCAUCUACUUCGCCGCCAUGUCGAUCCCUGAGCACUGGCGACAGUACCUCCACCCUGUGCUCGUCACCUCCCUGUUCUCCGUCCUCGGGAUCUGGGCCCUCGCCGCCGUCAAGGGCGACGACCUCCCGGGCACCCUGCGGUCGUUCCGGACGGGCGCCAACUACACCUACCUCUGGCUCCACACGAGCUCGGGCCGCUCGCCCGGCGCGGGCGACAUCCUCGGCACCGUCCUCGACGCGAGCAUCGUAUCCCUCGCGCUGCCAAUGUACCAGUACCGCCGCGAGCUGAGGCAGAACUUCACGGCCAUCGUGGUGCCCAACGUCGCCAUGGCCGUCGGCUGCCUCUUCUCGUACCCCGCGAUCUGCUACGCCAUCGGCAUCGGCGCGGAGCGGUCGCUGGCGUUCGCCUCCCGCAGCUUGACACUCGCCCUGGCGAUCCCCGCGACGGAGAACUUGGGAGGCGACCUCAACACCGUCGCCGCUGUGGGCAUCAUGAGCGGAAUCGUCGGGGUGCUGUUCGGCCAGCGCAUAUUGGCCUGGCUGAGGAUACCCGAAGAUGACUACAUCACCCGCGGCGUCACGCUGGGCGCGAACUCGUCUGCCAUCGCCACGGCCUUGCUUCUCCGAACCGAUCCGCGCGCGGCCGCGCUGUCGAGUCUGUCGAUGAGCCUGUUCGGCACCAUCACCGUCUUGUUCACAUCCAUACCGCCGAUCGCGGGCGUUGUGAAGUCGUUGGUUACCUGA